AUGGAGCUGCAACUGGGACUCGCACCUCCAACUCCUCUUGUUCCCAUGGAAAUGUUGGACCUAAGUAGCCACGGCUGCCAGAACAGGGAGGCAAAGGGUUCCAACGCUUCGAGUUGGCCUUUGCUAAAACUGGGUCCAUCGGACAUUGGUAUUAACACCAAUAACAACAGCAGCAGCAUUAGUUCUAGCAACGGCGGCGGCUGCGACAGCAAAAACAGCUGCUUUGAUGAAGCAGCAUUGCUUUUUGAUGAGAGGAGAAGUGUUCCCAAAACGCUGCCUCUUUUGCAUUGGAGUGACCAACCAAAUGAUGAAGACAAUCCUAAAGAAUUGGACGACAAUUCUUCUUCUUCUUCUUCCAUUUUCAGGAACGACGGAGAGAAUUUAGUGGGGUGGCCGCCAGUGAAAACCUCGAGGAAGACGCAAGGCCACCAAAUCUCCGAUGGCGUAGCUGAUAAUCCCCGCACAAUGGCGGCUGAAACGGUAGCUAAUGGCAGAGGUGGUAGGGCUUCGAAAUCCACGUACGUGAAGGUAAAGAUGGAAAGAGUCGCAAUUGCCAGGAAGAUUGACGUUAGCGUUCACCACUCCUUUGAGGUGCUUAAUAGCACCGUGAUGAGAAUGUUUGGCAUACCUGCUGAACAUCGAGAGAGCUUUAAACUCUCAUAUCAGGACAGAGAAGGAGACUGGAAGUUUGCAGAAGAUGUCCCAUGGAGGACCUUAAUUCGCUCCUUGAAAUGCCUGAAAUUAAUUAGAUGCAGAGGCUAG